GGGCGGGCCCGGAGCGGUCGGCGCGGCGUUGGCUGCCAUAUCAAAUGCAGAAACAAGGUUCCAUUCCCACAUGGGGGAUCUGAAUGGUCGUGCUGGAAGUGAGCACCCUUUCAUUGCGCUUCGAUUCCCAGGGUCAUGUGGAACAAGGUCGCCCUGUGCUCUGUUUGCAAGCACUCCCCUCACCCAGCAUCAUUACUGCUGCCGAGACUCCCACCCCUAACUCAUGCCUUCAAAAGGAUGUGCUUGGGCUCCAGCAGCGAUAGGCAGUGGGCACGGAUAGCACAGAAUGGGACACGCGGCGCGCUGCCCGGCUGCUUGGGAGGCAGCAAAGCCAAACGCAGGCGUUGUGCUCAGAUGUACCCACUGCUGGAUGGACGCGUCCUGCCUGUGCACCGACACGUGUUUGAGGAGAACGUCAGGAACAGUGAGGCUGUCAUUAAAAGACACUCAGAGUUGCUGCAGGUGGUCAGUAAAGGAGGGGGAGAGAACGCCGUCCUGCGUCACACCCAGAGAAACAAGAAGCUGUUUGUUCGGGAGCGCCUGAAGCUGCUUCUGGAUGAGGAGUCUUUCCUCGAGCUGUCCCCCCUUGCAGGCCUCAGUCUGCCAUAUGGUGACGUCCCUGCUGCUGGAUGCCUCACUGGAAUUGGAAAGAUCUGUGGGAUUUGGUGUGUCUUCAUAGCAAAUGAUGCAACUGUAAAAGGAGGAACUAUUUAUCCAAUAGGAGUGAAGAAACAGCUGAGAGCUCAGGAAAUAGCCAUGCAGAACAGACUGGUGUCUGUGUACCUUGUUGACAGUGGGGGAGCGUUCCUACCACUGCAGUCAGAGCUGUUCCCUGACAAGCUGCAUGGUGGAAGAAUUUUUUACAAUGAAGCAAUAAUAUCUGCUAUGAAAAUCCCUCAGGUGGCAGUGGUGUGUGGCUCCUGUGUAGCAGGAGGUGCCUAUGUCCCAACCAUGGCAGAAGAAGCGGUGAUUGUAGAUAAAAUUGGAACUCUGUUCCUUGCUGGCCCACCUCUGGUCAGAGCUGCUACUGGAGAAUACGUGUCUCCAGAGGACCUAGGAGGAGCUACACUUCACUCUAGAGUCAGUGGCUGCAGUGACCAUUUUGCAUCUUCAGAAAAGGAAGCCUACGAGUGUGUUCGAAAUAUCAUCUCAACGUUGAAUUAUGAGCCCGUGCCAGAAGAGCUCGUGGAGCAUGACCAUCCUCUCUAUAGCUCUGAUGAGCUCUUGGGGCUGGCACCACGAGAUUAUGGCUGUACUCUUCCUGUAAAAUUGGUUCUGAGCCGCCUGCUGGAUGGAAGCAGGUUCCAGGAGUUCAAGGCUGACUAUGGAACAACAUUAGUAACAGGAUUUGGCCACGUGGAAGGGCACUUGGUGGGAGUGGUGGCUAACAAUGGGGAGCUUUCUCAUGAUGCUGCUCUCAAGGGCAGCCAUUUCAUACAGCUGUGCAGUCACCGGGGCAUUCCCAUCCUCUUCUUCCAAAAUACUGCUCCGCAUGCAGCAGAGCCAACCAGCAUCUCUCAGGCAGAGGCUCAGGCCAACAGGUUGAAAGCCCAGGCCUCCAUGAUGGCUGCUGUCGCUUGUGCAGCUGUUCCCAAAAUCACCAUAGUGAUUGGUGGCUGUUUUGGGAGCGAAAGUUAUGCGAUGUGUGGGAGGUCGUUCAGUCCAAACUUUCUGUUCUUAUGGCCUAAUGCAAGAGUUGGUCUUGUGGAUUCAAGACAUUUGUCCAUGGUCCCACAAGCUGGAGACAGCGAUUGUACAGAUGAAUCUGAGCUAAAACGUUUGAAACAAAAGCUAGAGGAAGAGAGCAGUGCGUUUUACUCUUCUGCCAGACUCUGGGAUGAUGGUGUAAUUCUCCCCCAGGAUACCAGGAAGGUAAUUGCACAGUGCUUGCAGAUCAUAGAGCAGCAGAAGUACCAGGUGCCACCUCCUUACCAGUAUCCUGUGAUAAGGAUGUAAAUGCAGCCCUUCUCCAGUAAUCACCCUUUGAAGAUAGCACCUUAUAUUGGAAAGCUUUAAUGUAAAUGAUUUUCUAAUUCUUUGAUACCAUGAAUAAAAAUGUUAAACCACUGCAAACAAACAAUCCUGGAUUUCAAGUCUGUUUACAAAGAAGUUUGUAUUUUGGGACAUAGUCUGUUAGUACUGCACAGUCAUUUUGUGGAAAGAAGGGAUUAAGUUUUGAUUUUGUAGCACUCUAACAAAGCACAUUCACCCUAAGCUGUAACAAUUGCUUGAUUUUUUUGUUUUUAUUUUUUUUCAUAUUAAGAAUAUGCAGAACUCAAACAGCACUUUGAGCAAAGAAAUGAGAGAGGACACACGUGGCUGAAAACUAGACAAGAUUAAUGCAUGUAAGAUUUAGCAAAGCACAGAAUGCUGCCUGCAAAGUGAGAUUGCCAGAGCACCGUGGAAAGGCUCCCCUCAGCUUGCUCUGAGGAUGCUGGUGCAGUGACCAGGAGGUGAGUUCAAUCCAAAACACCCCCAUAGGAUACAGAUUACCUCUUCUCAAAGGAUGCAACAGCACAUUGUCUUCUACAUGUUACCAUGUGUAGAGAGACUGAGGUUGCACUGUGCUAUUUUGUGCAUCUUUCUCUCUGUUGCAUCUACAACAUUUAAUUUUGUAAAAGAAACCGUGUGGUUUAUUGUAUUGCAUUGUACAUCUUGCAAUUAGGCUGUGGAGUACAUCUGAGAAAUGUCUGGGUGAGUAUUCUGAGAAAUAAGCAACCAAACUGAAAUGUUCAGUCUCAAUUAGGGCAGUGAGGCACCUGUGGGUACCUGAG